UUUUCUUGUUUAUACUCCCCCUUUUUUUUUUUUUUAUUUUACUCCAAAAUUUGUAGAUAGAAAGCAGUAAAGCAGCAAUUAGAGCAAAGGCUGUUCUAUUGUAGUAGACACUAGUUUUAUCUCUACUUCUUUUGGUUUUUCCUUUUCUUUAUCAUCAAAAGAUGACGGCCUAUUCGCUUAUAGACCAAUCGCUGCUAAAAAAAUCGGCACGCUUAAAAAUCGUUUAUUUCACAGUCGCCCUCAGUAUCGCUGUGACGUUCACUCUCAUUGUUAUAUCGAAGGGAGCCAUCACUGAUUAUCCCUUCAAGGUGAGUGAUGAGCCCGCACCGACAUCACAGGAAGAGACUGUACUACCAACCGAGGAGCUCGUCAAUGAAGAAUUAUAUCCUAUUCAUACGGGCGUUCCACCAGCAAGGUCUAUCCAUUUCACUGUACCUACACAGGAAAAUCCCUUCUAUAUAGACUUGGACAGAUACCCAAUUGAAGAUAAUGUUUUGCAAUUGUUCGGCAUGCACUUGUUAGAUUCCAUUCAGGCUGUAACCACCUCAAAAUUACUCAAGUUACAACAGCAAGACAUUGAGCCCAAAGAAAAAAGUUGGGCAGACCAAUGGUUGUUCCACCAUGAUGGACCCAUCAGCGAAACCACUUACGCCUGUCAUCAACAACCACUCCCUUAUCCCAUCCUUCGUCACUUGGUAGCCAAUUAUUUACCUUUGAAAAAUGCAGAUCGUUUUUUUGAUGACGAUAGUGAUAAAGCUGGAAACGAUAGCAACGUGGGUGAUCAUGACAACGACUACGACACCUCUAUAGAUUUCUCAAAACCAUUUUUAUUUUUGCCCUUCUCUCAAAAACCGAUGGCUCCUCUACUACCAGGCCAUAAAAUCUGCGUUCGCGCCGUCAUUCCUUUCAUGGACGUAGGAAAAGAUGACCCCAAUCGAUACGCUUACAAGCCCUAUCCUGAUAAUAAUGCAAAAUUAACAAGCCCUUGGUGGGACACCAUGCAUACAACUUUACGGCAUAUGGACACCAAUGCCUCAGAGCCGAUUCGUCUGCAGCCAUGGCCGGGUCACCGUCAACUGAGACAACGCGCUCGUGAACUGCGAAAUUUCAACAACGAACUUCCUGAAUGGGUUCAUCUAAGACAAGACAUACUUCAUGAAAGAGAGCGUACACACGUCUAUGAGAUCGAAAUUACUUUACCAGAUCAGGAAGGUCGUUGGGAACUAUCGUCCGUCCUAGAAUUUGUGGAAGCACGUUACAAUUUUGAAUAUGGCCCUGUCACACCCUACCUGCCCGUCCAGAUUCCUGUGUUUCCUGCUGGUCUGAAUAUCCUAACCAUUCAAUCCAAAAAUAGCACCAAAAAGCCAACUUUGAGUGAUAACGAACACACGAGAACAGCAGAAGCACUCUUGGAAAAUCAUUUGUCCCUACCUUUGUGUAAAGGAUUUGACCAUUCAGGAAGAUGGUUACCUUACCCCACCCAUUCUGACAAAUUCACCCAUAGCAACCACCACAAUUUCAUUUCAGGAUUAUCAAGAGACGGCAAAUAUUGGGCGCCUUACACUUGUCGGCACAGACACAUCUCCUAUGAGCAAUUCAACCGCUGUGCAGCCAAAAAAUAUCCUCGUGGCCUACAUUUCUAUGGCGACUCUAAUGUUCGUCGUUCACUCAAGAAAUUCGUGAGUCACGGUCAAUGGUGCAAAAAUUGGGAGCAGCAUAUCACAAGCCCUCUACUUCCAGAGGAGAGAAAGCCUCAUGUAGACCAAUCACUGAUGUCUUCCGCUUUAGUACGACGUCAAGAAGGAUAUCGCUCGCCUCAAGAAUACACAUAUAUUGAAGAAGCUCAAACUCGAAGCUGUUAUUGCGAAGACUACUUUGAGCCUUAUUGGAACCAAGCAUGGUUUGACCCUUACGAACGACGUAAUGACUUGCUCAUUACAAACAAUGCAACGCAAGCAGCCGAAUUAAGGCUCACGGAAUGGGAUGAUGAUAGUACUGCUGGAGAUUCUCCUUCUUCUUCUGCUGCUGUUCCUAGCAUGGAUAGCGUCCCCAUAAGCUCGUGGAAAUGGGAUGGCCUUACCUACUUGAAUACGCCUUAUUGGGAUAAUGCUGUCCCUUCCAGUCCUGCCGAAGCGGAUGUAGCCAUCUUUUCGCUCGGCAAUUGGGACGCAGCCUUUGGUGAACUGGAGCCCUAUCUGAGGGAUGCCGAGCGACUUGUUCGUCAGAUCAAAGAGCAUUAUGAUACCAACAAAACCAAAAUUAUAUACCGCACUGCUCAAUAUUAUUGCUGCCGUGUAGAUCCUGAAGGAGGACGCCAACGCCAAAUCAGUGGCCCACGUAUUGACGUUUUUGAUGAAGAAGUAAAGACUAUUUUCCGCAACGAAUUGGAUGCUCCUAUUUGGAACACUUAUGCUUUAGGCGAAGGGAAAACAUACGAUGAAAAGUUGGUUGCCAUUACUUGUCCAUCAAAUCACGUCACUGCUGAUCAAGUGGAAAUAGAAAAUCAACUCUUAAUGAACGGUCUUUGCAACCUUUAGCGAACAUACCACAUAAAUAGUCCUUCAUCACACAGUAAUUUAUAUUCCAUCCUCUUUCAAGCAUAUACCAAUAAACUAGUUUAUCUUUUUAUCAUCUUCUUCUGUACCAUCCACUUUAGCUGAAACAAUCAACGUCGUCCUUUUGCC